AUGUCCACCUCCCCCCAAGUGUUAAGCUCCCACUUCGACAGAAACACAAGCAGACGAAAAGGUGGCCCGUUGUCAGCAGCAACCAAGACGCAAGACGACGAGGACGAGGACGACACCAUUGUCAAGGACGAGCUAUGGACGUGUACGGCGCACUACGCGGCCUUACUCAUGCGUACGGGCUGUCCCGCUUUUCCCGUGAUCGUCGUUUCCUGCACCCAGACAUAA